AUGCACAGUACCAUUGCUACUUCUACUACUACUACUACUAUUACUUCUACUACUACUACUACUAUUACUACUAAUACUACCACCACUACUACUACUACGUGCAAUAAUAAUAAUAAGAAGAGCAAAAAAAAGAAGAACAAGAACAAGGACAAGAACAAGAAGAACAAGAACAAGAAGAACAAGAACAAGAAGAACAAGAACAAGAACAAGAAGAACAAGAACAAGAAGAACAAGAAGAACAAGAACAAGAAGAACAAGAACAAGAAGAACAAGAACAAGAACAAGAAUAUAAAGAUAAAGAAAAAGAAAAAGAAGUAG